AUGGGAAACUGUCGAUCGAUGAUACAUACGUUACCGGACGAAGAAAUUGCUGAGAUAGCUAAGGAAACAGGGUUCACCAGAAAACAGAUCACGAGGCUUCACACCAGAUUUUUAUCCCUGGACAAACACGGUCGUGGAUACCUGGAGAGAGAUGAUUUUUUUGCGAUACCGGAGAUCGUUGUUAAUCCACUUGGCGAUCGGAUAAUCGAUGCAUUUUUUGAUGAAGUGAGCGAUCCGGAAGGUCAGAUGAAAUUUGAGGACUUUGCCCGCGUUUUGGCACAUUUUCGUCCGCGUAAAGAGAAUGAGACAAACGAUAUCAACAGUAGGGAAAAAAAAUUGAGAUUUGCAUUUGCGAUGUAUGAUCUAAACAAAAAUGGCUACAUAACCAGGCAUGAAUUUAAAGUGAUCUUGAUUAUGAUGAUCGGACCUCACGUCUCUGAUCAAGAAUUAGAAUGCAUAACUGAUAGAACAAUGAAAGAAGGCGAUUACGUAAAAGAUGGUCAGAUAUCGUUUCAGGAGUUUUCGCAGGCUAUGGAUCGCUUACAUAUCGAAGAACUUAUGUCAAUUCGAUUUGGAGACUAA